AAGCCCGAGCUUCUAGGAGCGGGCAGCCUCGAGGAGUCGGCGAUGGUGGAUGUCUGGGCUGAUGCGGAUGCCCACCAGCUCGAGCCCAUACUCAAGCCCAUCGUGUUCAACUGCAUCAUCCACCCUUUCAUCGGGAUGGACAUCGACCAGGGCCUCAUCGAUGAGAGCGUUGAGAAGCUGAAGAAGCUGCUAGAGGUGUAUGAGGCGAGGCUGUCAAGCAACAAGUAUUUGGCCGAGGAUUUCGUGAGCUUUGCCGACCUCACUCAUUUCUUCUUCAUGCGCUACUUCAUGGCGACGGAGCACGCGGUCGUUCUUGACGCAUACCCGCAUGCCAAAGCAUGGUGGGACGCAUUGUUGGCAAGGCCGUCGGUCAAGAAGGUGAUAGCUGGCAUGCCUCCGAAUUUUCGAUUCGGGAGCAAACUCAUUGUAAGUGGGUACUUACGAGAAAACUCAUGA